GGGACUAAAGGAGGAAGCGCUGUGUGUUUCUGAACGGGAGCGUGCGGCCCUGGUGCUCGCGCGUAACAACUCGAGAGCUGUCAACUCUUUGAAGUUCAUAACUACUGAUCAAAUUUAAAUGAACUAGCUUGUUAAACACUAGCGGGCUUGUUUGACCAGGAAUGGGAGCCAACUACAGCACGCGCCGCGUGUCUUUUGAGUCGGAUGAGAAUGAGAACAUAACGAUAGUGAAGGGCAUAAGGCUCUCGGAGAAGGUCAUCGACCGCAUGAGGGAACCCUCAGGCCCACCACGGCCCCCCACCAGAACCCCUCCUGCUCCUCCUCCCGUGGUUGAUCCUCUGCCAGCACUGGUGCCAAUAUCUCCUCCACCUGACCCUGUCACUUCCCUUCCACCUUCUUCCUUGCCAGAGCGAGUCAAACUCCCUGAGCAAGUGACCACUACUGCACCUCCUCCACCACUAGCAGAGCCGGUCAUUCUCCCCCCACCUCCUCCUGAAUCAGUGGGUGCUGUAUCAGCCCCUGCAGGUGAGUCCAUUGCUCCACCUGCAGCCACAGCUGAGCUUAUAACAGCAUCUCCACCUGUGGAAAUAAUUGCCCCUCCUCCAUCUUCUAAACCCAUUGCUUCUCCUCCCCUUGCUGAUUCUGUUGCCUCCCCUCCUGCUAUUGAGCUCUUCACACCUCCUCCUCCCCCCAUUCCUACCCAUCCUAUCACUAAAACCACUUCUGAACCCAUCUCUGCUCCACCUGUAGAAAUAACCAUCCCCUCCCCUCCAGCUGAACUUGUCGCUCCUUUCGCUUCCGCUGCUGAAACUAUCCCACAGCCUCCUCCGUCUGUAGAAAAACCUGUGGCUUCUUCACCACCACCUCCUCCCGCCGUGCAUGAGUCUGAACUGAGAAGAAAGAUAGCUGAAGAGCUGCAGAAAGGCCUGGAGGAAGAGAGGAGAAAGGCACGGGAGGAGCUCAACCAACGGCUGGAAAAGGAAAAGUCCCAGGCUCAUGUUCAGGCCCAGGCAGAAGCUCAAGCCCAGGUAAAGGACGAGGUGAGCAGGAUCCUCGCAUUAGAGAAAGAGCAGAGCAUCCAGAAAGCCAUACUGAGAGAAAGAAUCACCGCCGAGGAUGAAAGACUGCAAGCUCCGAUAUAUCAGAUGGAGAGAAAGGCUAGACAGUUAGAGGAGAGAGACAAAGCGCUCCGGAAGCAGGACGCAUUCUACAGAGAACAAGUGGCCAAGCUAAAGGAAAGGAGUGCCCAGUUCUACAAGGUUACAGAUGAAAACUAUCACAAGGCAGCAGACGAGGUCAACGCCAAGUUUAAGACAAGUUGAGGACUGGAGGUUAAGUCUCUGAGCAGGAAGAGUGGAAGUUUGUAUCUGUGAUCUCACCGUUUAUCGACUGUUGCCAAGGAAAGACGCCACCCAGAGACACACCUGAGCAGACCUGAAGCAGAAUCUGCAGUGAACUGAGAGCUAGAUACCCUUGAACCUUCCUUUUUUCCUAUACCCUUUCCCAUCACUUUUACCUUUCUACCUCCUUCCUGUUAUUUCACCUUUAUCCAGUAAAGGGGAAACUGGUAUCCAUUUCUGAAAUGGACAGAAUCAGUAAGCAGCGGCGAUCAUACAGUAGGUGGAACUCUAAGGUUCUGAGCACCUGAACCAGAAUAGCACACAAUGGAUAGCACACAGUGAAGAGAACCGAACUAGACACCAAAUAUUGGCCACACUAGGCCAAUCUAGACCCAACCACAACAGAAUCCCAGAACUCUGAGUUGGUUCUAGAUUUGGUCGGUCUGGUUGCGUAGCGUCAUUUAUCCUGUGAUCCACCCUGCUAACCCACCACAAUCCUCCAUCACACUUCCCAUUGCACUAGUCACAUCCUCCAGCUGUUCAUUGUGUUUUUGCGUGUGAUAUUCAUUACCGUUUUUUUGUCUCGUCGUUCACACAAAAAGGUCAGGCCUGAUCCCCUGAUCUGCUUUAAAGAAUAAACAAUUCAAACCCUAA